AGCGCAGAACAUAGAAGCGCCACAAUUCCACAUUUGACAGUGGCGUCUUUGUCUUCUCCCAAGUUGCUUCGGAUUUAUAUGGGUGUGGCUCUCGUUUUCUCCAUUACUCCCAUUUCCACAUUUUCUUCUCUUGCCGCCGACCUCUAGACGAAGUUUAACGCCGGUUCAAUCUUCAAAAAUGGAGAAGGCUUUGACUAAAGUGGGCAGCUUAAAGGUUGGGAGCUUGUGGAUUUCAAAGAAAGCCAAGGAGGAACUCGCUAACAUCACUGAUGAUUUCAAUGACGCUUGAUGCAAACACAGGAAAAGCAGAUUAUAUCUGGAUGCUCAUAACCUACUCAAGUGGAUUGGCAUCAACUUUCUCAAAUACUGUUGAAGAGAAGGCAAAGUGGAUUUUCAACAAGCUAAAAGGAAAACCAUUGAAGAGCUUGCCGGAUUUACUUCGCGAGUACAACUUACCGCCCGGCCUCUUUCCUCAGAACAUGACCUGCUACGAAUUUGAUGAAUCAAAGUCCAAGCUGAUUGUAUACUUACCAUCCGCUUGUGAGAUUAGUUUCAAGGAUUCCUCUGUAGUCAGAUAUGCAACACGGGUGAAAGGAACUCUUCAGAGAGGAAAGCUUACAAACAUCGAAGGAAUGAAGACAAAAGUCCUAGUGUGGGUGAAGGUGACAAGUGUGUCAGUUGAGGGCUACAAAUCUGAUAAGGUCUGGUUCACAGCAGGAGUGAAGAAAUCGAGAUCAAAAGAUGCAUAUGAAAAGCCCCAUGACGCCAUUAGGGUAGGCGAAUUCUAAUAUUCAAACUAUGGCACAUUGUUAGAUAACAUUAAGGAAGCAGGUAAAUGAAUCCUGUAAUCACAUCAGCUGCAUUGUUCCAUUUGCAUUGUCGAAAUAUAGAAAUCUGAAUGUGUUGUCCCCUUUA